AUGGACUCGCAUGAUUCUCAUAUUGAGAAUAUCGGAGAAAAGGAUUUCAUAUUUGCUGUAACGGAUCCAUCUAACCAACUUAAAGCGCUAAACCCCCCGUUACCCUGUGAUUAUGCAGAUAUAUAUCAUCAGAAAAUUACCAAAGAUAACCCUUCUAGUGUUAGGCUACUAUCUGGAGACACAGGCCUAACAAACCCAAAGGAGAUAGGAAUUCCUCAGACUGGUGAACGGUUUAUAUUUGAUGGUACCCUAAAAACUGGUAUAUACGAUCGAGUAACUGAUAGGAUUGUUAGGGAUGCUAAUGUUAUAAAUAUCGAUAAGUCUGAUGUCUGCAUAUCAGUAAAACAUGAGAUAAAUCAGUCAUCCAGGAAAUUAUCGGCUGAUGAUGACACAAAACUGCUUAUAAACUCGAUAGCUUCGAAAUUGAAAAGAUUCCCCAAACUACAGCACCCAUGUGAAAUUUGCGCCAAUAACGGAUGUAUAUCACUUUCUAGUUGUAACGUGACUGGAAACAUAAAAAAAGAAAAUGUUGGCUUAGCUGAACCCUGUCCACAUUCUUUGCUAAAAAGUGUUCCAAUGAUACGUGACUUUGUCAAUUUUGAUGGUUGUAAUAUAUCAAGUAUCUCCAAUCGAAUGGAAGUAACUCGGAAAAACGUCACAGAAACUACUCAACAACAUACAUGCUAUAAUACUAAUGUUAACAAUGACCAUGAGUUUACAACACAUCACUAUUCUUCGGAAACCGAAUUGGAUUUCUCUGAUGUAGAUUAUCUCUUAACAUAUCGUCACAAUAAGAACAAUAGUUCUUUAAUAGAAUCGGUAGUAUCUCCACAAAAUAAUAAUAUCACCUUUGACGAUUCAAUAUUAUCCGUAAGUAAGCUAAACUCAAUAGACGAAAGUUCAUUGCGCUUCAUAGAAUCUAACAUUAAUAAAUUUAAAGAAUCAAAACUUAUGAAAAUUCCUAAUCAUAAACAUUUGGAUUGUUUAAAAGAAAGGGGCAUCGUGAAUGCCAAAAUUCCAAUUAUAUCUUUGGGUGAAUAUAAGAGCAAGACAGAUAUAGACAUUCUAGAAAGUUGGAAAUGUCCAAAAUUCCACAAACUAUCCUAUUCUUCUGAUGUCAAUGAUAACGAUAUUUUGGCUUUGCAAGAAACUGAGGAAACCAUUGUAAAACAAAUAUCCGAUAGACAAAAUUCUCGCGAUUUGGCUCUUAAAGAGAUUGAAAAAUCGAUUUAUAAUGGUGAUAUGAAUAUAGAUUUUUUAAUUUUAAAGUACAAAGAACUAAGAAAGUCAGAUUGCCCUGUAGAAAUGAUAAAGGCUCUGAAGCAUCUUAUAUGUAUGAAGUUAAAUAAACCAAAGCUAUACAUAUCUCGUAAAAAUGUGAAAAUUGUUGAAAACCAAAAUCGCCACAAAGAGCUAUUGUUAGAUAAAAUUGUUGGAAGGAUAAAUGCUUUCGAAUUGGAAGAAUAUACGAACGAUUCAAGCUCCAAGGAAAGUGCAGAUAGUAUAUAUACAUAUUCUAGUUUGACUGUUUCAAGCUAUGAUUCGUUUACGGAAGAUUUAACAUUUAAUGUUGGAGAAAAUGGCUAUUUGCGUGAUAGUAUCGAAUUUAUUCACAAAUCAACUAUUGACUGUUAUGGAUGGUUGUGCGUUACCAAUGAAACUGUUUCAAAUUCACGUCCAACGUUCCUAUAUUGUGAACUAGUCGGUGAUCAUUUUUCACUGUAUUCAGCAACCCAUGAAACAAAUAUUAAAGACAAUAUCGCCACAGAGCCAUUAAUGAAAAUUAUAGUGGAUGAGUCAUUUGUUAUAGAAAAGAAACAUGAUGGAAGAAAAAAUAAUACAUCUAUUAAAAUAAGUGGUAUAGAACUUGAUAAUGAUACUAGUGAAUACUCUUCUGACAAUAGGAUCAUAUUAAAAUUAGAAGCUGACACACGGAGUGAAAUAUUAAGUUGGUAUAGAUCACUAAAUUCCAGAGUACAAUUGGGUUUGUUUAUUAACUAUUUGAAAGAUAAUGAUAUUUGUCCACUUGAUUAUACCAUAUAUUCUUUUACGUAUCCUAAGAGAAGGGAACUUAUAUUUAAUAAAUUACCAUAUGAUAAAGAUUUGGAGGACCAUAUAACAAAUAGUUUUAUAAGAUCACGAUUAUACUAUGUAGACUUUUCAAUGAGGAUGAUGACUGAUCAUGACCUAAAUCAUCAUAUGGAGAUCUGGAAAGUUCCAAUUUCUGUUUUAAAUCUGUCACAAAACGAUUUAUCAAUGAAUGUAGAUGGAGAAAUAUUUAACGACUAUUUGUUAAGAACGGGUAUUCAGAAGUUAUAUAUAGAUAGAAACCCCUUAAGCGAAAAAUUCUUCGGUUCGAUGUUUGUCAAUAUGAUCCUAGGUACAAGUGUAAAUUUUGUUAGUUUAAGGAGGUGUAAAUUACACAACAAACUUGUAAUAUCAAUUAAGGAAAUAAACAAUAGGUUGUCCAUAAGUAAUGCCAUAGAAUUAGACCUAAGAGAUUGUGAAAUUAGCGAUGAGUUUUCGCAUUUCAUAUCUGCAUAUCCACUAAACAAAGUUACUAUUCUAUCAAAUCAAUCUGUAAAUAAAGAAGAAUUUGAAAUGGGUUAUUUUAUGGAUAACAAAAACCUUCUUCAAAUUUCAUCUUUGGGCUCGCUAUUUAGUGGGAGAUUGUCAUCUACUCAAUGGAAAAGAAGAAAGAGAUUCAGAAUUCCAUUUAUAAAAUCGAAGACUGACAAUUCUACAGUAGAUGUUUAUUUCGAAUACAGAUCUCCAUAUCUAGUAUGGUCUGAUUGGUGCCCAAAACGUAAAGGAAGUCUUUUUAAGAGAUCAGAGGUAACUGAAGACGAAGAAUCAUCAGAUAUUAAAGAAAAUCAAAUCUUAUUUGUUAAAAGUUGUAGUAUAAUAAUAAAGAGUGGAAAGGAUUGGUUACUCAUAAGAGGAUUUAAACCUAAGCAUCUUGUAAAAACGGAAGGAUAUGAGAUAAAAAUUCUCCUAAGAGGUUAUACGAAUGAGUCUACUAGAAGAUGGUAUGAAAUUAUGAGUAGAAGCGUUGCUGGAAUCAUGUAUGUGGAUCACUUGUUACAAUCUCGUGUCACUAUCCCCUCAAAAUAUAUUCUAUCAUUCUGCAGUAGAAUUGAUACCAAAGAACUUAUAAUGAAUGGGUUUCCACUAGAAAGAAAAUUAAUGUAUAGGUUCUUAAACCUUUUAUCAAAGCAGCAAACCCUUAAGGCACUGAAUUUUACAAAUAUGGGUUUGGAUGCGCGAUCAAUGUCAUUGGAAUCACCUCCUUUUAAGAAUUUGAAUCUAGAGAAAUUGGACUGGUCGUUUAACUCUAUAAAUUUGGAAGAUGUUGCAUACAACUUUUUAAACAUUCUAACUGGAGCAAACACUUGUGAAAAGUUCAUAAUAAGUCACAACCCUCUAGGUGACAAUUAUAAUUCUGCAAUCUUGUUUUCUUAUUGUUGUUUUAAGCUUAAAGCUUCAAAACUUUCAUUUAACCAUUGUCAGUUGGGAGAUACAUUUUUAAGUAAGCUCGUUGAACUUAUAGAUUCGGAAGACAAAACGCGAGAAUUUGAACAUCUUAAAGUCGUAGAACUAGAAGGGAAUUAUUUUACAUUAGAGGUGAUACAUGACGUUACAACGCUAAUUAUCGAAAAUUUUCCAAAUAUAGAAAAUAUUCGAUUAUAUGCGUCGAUAUCGGAUGCUGAAUAUGUGGAAUCAUUCGUAGAAUAUGGUGAUAUUGUCAGCUUUGAUAGAGUUGGUCCUAUUGAACCAUCCAUAGGUAACUUCAAAAGAGUCGGCCAUAUAAAGAAAGGGAAAAGAACUACACUCAAUACAGUUACACAAUUCGUUAAUGACAGCAAAAAUUACCAUAGUAAUCAGUAA